ACGGCACAGGAGAUGGAAGAUGAUUGAGUCGUCAAGUUUCCGACCACAAAUGUACUUUUUUGACACUCACAUCGAGCAACCCUUAUCCUCAGGUUGUGGUUAGACUAUUUUUAAAAACCUCAUAAAAUAAUAAAAGGUGCAUACUGCAGUGCCAAGAAAAUGUUUGAAGCUCAAAUUCAUCACAUACACUCAAGUGUCUUUACGAAUGAUAUGGCAUGUGAAUAACUUUCACAUAUGUACAAUCUUUACAUUUAUAUCGAUUCAGUUAAAUUUAUCUGACUGAAGGAACUGCAUCUUGCACACUUGGUCCCUUUACAGUGGUUUAUUUCUGACUGCAGUACUAUGGAUUUUAAAACGCCUAAUAGAACAGGAAAUUUCAUUUGCAUAUUGGUUUGAACGCAUUGGUUUGUUCACCACAACUCCUACUCAAGAGAACACAUACUUCUAUUCACAUGCACAACAGGAUAAAGGUCGCAUCAACAGUGCUGUGCGUUCAUCUAGAGAUGGCACCUCUAUAGUGGACGCUCUUUUAUAUGGCCUACUGGGUAUUGUUGGCAAAGGAUAUCAAGUUAUAAUUUCAGCAUACUUGGAGUUGAAACCGAGUACAUUGUGUUUUCAGGUGGGCUUCUGUGAGUAAGUCAGACAUGGUCAUAAAAUAAGCAUGGGUUGUCUAACAAGUAGAAUCUGGAAUCGAUCUCCUGUUCACAGACUGGAGGAAUCGGUCUUGUUGUCUGAUGAAGCAUCAGGAAAUCACAUGCAUAUGGCGGUGGCCUUGUGUAACUUUCCACCUCACAGAUCUGAUGAACACACUAUAUUUUUAGGAGACAAGCUGAACAUUUUAUCAGAAGACGAUGAUAUGUUGACGGUUCGUUCUACAUCAACGGGCGCAGAGUUUUUCAUUCCUCACACCUACGUUUCAAAAGUGCAUAAUCGGUGGCUGUUUGAAGGGAUCACAAGGAGAAAUGCAGAGCAACUUCUUAUGCUGCCUCCAAACUACUCUGGAUGUUUUCUAAUUCGGGAAAGCCAGUCAUCCCCUGGUUCUUACUCACUUUCCAUGCGACAAGAUAGAGGACACAUGCCCAAUGUAAAGCACUACAGAAUCCAUCAGCUCCACAACGGCUGGUUCUACAUCCACCACAGCCACUACUUCUCCACUCUCGCCCAGCUGGUAGACCAUUACACACGGUCUUCUAAUGGUACGUACUGUCAGCUAACUGAACCUUGCUUACUUCAAGACUCCAACAGAGCUAUAGAGCAUAGACCCUCAUCAGUAACAAUCCAGAGGUCCAAUCUUAACUGGAGAGAUUUGUCCAGGUCCAUGAUUCAAAGGCAGCUAAAGGGAACCGACCAGGAGUGUCUGGUCAGUGAAGGACUGCGAGAGACAAUGAAAGCAUAUUUUUAUGUCACAGAGGAGUCAAACUAUGAGGACUGAGUAAAAACCAACACAGAACAAAGUUGUGAGACUCUGAUGAAGUUAACUUAGAGAUGUUUUGGGUGUUCGGUGGGCAUUUUGACCACAGUACUCUGAACUAGAACACUGAUAGUGUUAAAUAGUGUAAAAAUGUAGUUAAUAUUUAAUAUUUUUUAUUUUUGUAUUUUUAUUCAAUGUUUUUUUUGUGUUAUAGUUGUUUGUUUUGUGUCUCUCUUAGUUACCCUGGGAAACUACAGCGUAAAUUGCUCAGUUAAAUAGGACCCAAAAGAAAACAAAUUAACAAACAUUUAAAAUAAUUAUUCAACAUAACAUGUAAAAACAUUGUGGGGAAAAGGUGAAUGAAUGAAUUGAAGAAAAAGUUUUUUUUUAAUGCUUUUUAUUUUACUUUUUCAUUUAAUGCAACAAUACUUUGAAAUCUACCAAUUUUAUAACAUGUCAUUUACUAUCUGCCUUUUACAUAUGUGACAACUGACAUAGUUAUUAUGUCAGUAUAUGUGACACUGGGUAAUUUGAAUAAUUUAUUAUAAUUAUAUAAUCCCUUUAAAUAUGUAGCAAAUAAGGUAGCUGUCUCUGUAUUAUGACAUAGUCUGCACUUUCAUUUACAACAUAUAGUAAAUACAUAAUAAAUACAUAUUGUAUUUAGUUUACAGUGACAUACAUCAUCUGUUUUUAGUCCCUUCGAACAGAAAAAAUAUUUUUGCCACAAA